UGGGGAAGAGAGGGAUUUAGAGACUAUGUCAUUGGGCAAGACACAGAACAAAUAGCGUUCUCUCAUUUUUACCACAUUUCCUGUGUGUUAUUGCUGAUUGCACACUUGAAUGUAGCAGCACUGACAGUGAGCAUCACGUGCAUAAAGGUAAGUCACCAACAAUACAUUUCAUUAAUCAAUUAAUAUUUUACAAAUCAAUGUUCUUCCAUGGAGAUGUUAGCUGUAAGUGGUAUUCUUAAUUAUUGGCCACAGUUUUAUUUCUAUAGUUGUUAACUCACUAACACUAGCUAGGUUUCCAUCCGAUUGGCGACAGAGUUUCAUGCGAAUAUUCUAAAAUCCGCAUAAAAACAAAAUGCACAAUGACGUAGUGCACAUACAAAUACAUUUUGCGGUUAAAUUCCCAUGUACCGAAUAAAAAAUACAAGUUAAAUGGGUUUCCAUUACAUUUUUGACUCUACUGGUGGGUUUCUCACAAAUACAAUGUGCCUUAUAUAGCUGUGCCUGCUCUGGUAUUGGCAUAUGCGCUCUAGCCAACAGCAAGCAGGGCGCAGAUAGCGCCUUUGGCUAGAGCACACGUAUAGCCUACGAAUAUAUAGCCUAUGAAAAAUGUAUGCACUCACUAAUUGUAAAUCGCUCUGGAUAAGAGCGUCUGCUAAAUUACUAAAAUGUCAAAUGGUAAGAUUAUUAUGGACAAAAUAUCAAGAUUAUUUUUAUUUGUCAAACGGCAGAAAGGAUCUUGUUCAAAUCACUUUUUUUUAUAAGUGGAUUAUGAUGAUAUUGUCUAUAUGCAGGCCUCAGCAAGUACCUGAAAAUCUCUGAACACAGUGUAGUCAUGGUGCUUUAAGAUUUACUACAAACGCUAGAUCACUCAUCCACCACUGUGAUUUGUAUGUCAUGGUGCAGUGGACCUCUCUCUCCACCAGGAGACUAAUGCACUGGUACACUUUUGUGUACAAAGCAUUGAUAGGACAACUCCCUUUGUAUCUCUGUUCCUUACUGACCAGAUCAGUCACUCAAUACAGUCUUCGUUCACAGUCGCUGCUGUCCUUGUCUGUUCCUAAGGCAGGAACUGAGAUAGGGAAACAAUAUUUUCCCCAUAAUGCCCCUUCAUCCUGGAACAUGCUUCAAAAUAUAUUAAAGUUAGUGUUAGUGUCCUUGCCUCUUUUUAAGACUAAGAUCGACGACACUGUUUUUGAUAGCUGCAGUUGUUUCUAAUCUUCAAAUGUAUCUGGAACUUGUGACACUUUGUCUUUUGUGCGUAUUUUGUUUGUAAUAUUUUAUGUACACGCUUCAAUUUCCCUGUUUUGUCUUCUUGCCAGGUCGCCCUCGCAAAAUAGUUUUUUUUUUUUUUACCUCAAUGGGUCUUACCUGGUUAAAUAAAAAAAUAAAAAUAAUAAUGUCACCAGAAUAAGACCGAUAUUUAUUGGAAAUGAGCAUCAAGCUCAUCACCUUGCACUUUCAACACCUUGUGAAGUUCAUGAUAAUUUAUUUCAUCUGUGGCGUAAUAAACGGCACGCUUUCCGACGAGUCGUAGUGGGAGGACCACACAACACGUCAUCGCGUGACUCCAAGUAUUCUAAAAUCUGAUGAUUAUUACAUCAAUAUUUGCCCAUUAAAGCGUUUCCACCGAAAUUUCUCGUCUCGCAUCAAUAAUUUUACCUACACAAAAAGACCCCACCUUGUGUAGUAUAUUUUGUUUUGUUGACAUUGGGAAGUUUAAAUUGUUCUGUUUCCAUCAGGCCUGCCAUUAGAUUUUUUUAUCCUACAUGUACUUUACUGUCAUAGAAAGGUUGGAUGGAAACCUGGUUAGGAACCACGUUUCCAUGCACAGUUUUUAUGCUAAAGUCAUACCCUAUAAAAAAAUAAAAUAAUGACAGCUGUGAUGGAAACAGGUAGUUUUGGUACAAUUUUAUAAAUGUAGACAGAUAAUUUGUGCCUUUGACAUGGUGGGAUCUUUUUGUGUCUGUAAAAUGUAUUAUGCGAGAAAUGGUAAUGGGAUGUCUUUAUGCGCAAAUAUUGAUAUAAUAACCAUAAUAUCAAAGUAAACUUGGAGUUUAUGGUGUGGUGUGUGCUCCUCCCACUAUGACUCCGGAAACCAUGUGGUUUAUUAGGCUACAGAUGAAAUAAAUUAUGAACUUCACAGGGUGAUGAAAGUGCAUGGUGAUGCUCCUCUCCAAUAAAUAUCGAGGGUCUUAUUCUGGUGACAUGAUGAUCAAUGCUUGACUGCCGUUUGACAAAGAAAAAUAUUCUCGCUCAUAUCGAUAAUAAUCUGAUCAUGUAGACUAGCCUACCUGCGCAGCAUACCCACAGUGAGCUGUUGGCUAGAGCGCACAUGCCAAGACCAGAGUAGGCACGUUUGCUAUUUAAUGCAACAGUUUUUGUGAUAAAACUGUCUGUAGUGUUGAAAAUGUGAUGGAAACAUAUUGAACUGUAGAUUUUUAUUCAGUACAUGAAAACAUAAGCGAAAAAAUACAUUCUGUGUGCACUGUCAUCAUGCGCUGACUUUUAUCUGCCAACAUGUCCCUUUGGUGGAAACACACCACUGGUGGGAAAAUAUAGUAUGAAAAUCUGUUGCCAAUUGGAUGGAAACCUAGCUAUUGAAAUCAGAGUGGAAAAUCAGAGUGAGGUAUCAUCUCAAUGACCGCAUACAUAGCCUGGGACAUUUUUAUAACAAUUCAUGAGCAUAUGCAGCGUAAAUGGUGCAGCGUAAAUGGUGCAGCGUAAAUGGAUGCAGCGUAAAUGGUGCAAUGAAAUGCUUAUCAGCAAGCUUCCUCUACAGUAAAAAAAAUAGUGCUAAAAAGUAAAAUACUAGAUCUGGGCGCUCCAACCCUGUUACUGGAGAGCUACCGUCUUGUAUGGUUUCACUCCAACCCUGUUACUGGAGAGCUACCCUCCUGUAGGUUUUCAUUCCAACCCUGUCCCUGGAGAGCUACCGUCUUGUAGGUUUUCAUUCCAACCCUGUUCCUGGAGAGCUACCCUCCUGUAGGUUUUCAUUCCAACCCUGUUCCUGGAGACCUACCGUCUUGUAGGUUUUCACUUCAAUCCUGUUACUGGAGAGCUACCAUCUUGUAGGUUUUCAUUCCAACCCUGUUCCUGGAGAGCUACCGUCUUGUAGGCCCUGGACCGAGUUUGGGAAACCCUGUACUAGAGCAAUAGGUCAAUAGCACGUAGAAGGCAUGAAUUAGUAAUAAAGUACUAACUUCACCUCAAGCUGCAUUUCCUGUACCAAUUUGUAUUUCCACACACACAGAUAAUAGGCAUGAUGGAAAGUCCCAUGUGAGCAUUACAAUAACUUUCCCCCUUAAACGGAACAUCAGGGGCUUUAGUAACGUUAGUAUAGUGUGAGGCAAUUGUGAGAGAGGAACACAUUGUUCCUCUUUCACAUGGUUGAAGUAGCAUGGAGCCACACUGUUUCUGCAUUCAACAACACUACUAUCUUGUUGCCUAACCAAUAUUUUUAACUUUCUCUAACAGGGUGUGGUUUUGGUGUAUUCAAAUGAAAUGUAUAACAUUCUCUUUCUCUCUCUUUUCUUCCCUUCUUCAUUCUCAGUAAUGCUUGUCCCCCAGGCUAAGUGACAGGACCAGUCACCCUGGUCAACUCCCCUUGUUGCUGUGGUUAAGUUACUGUUGUGGUCAGUCACGAUGAACACCUCCUCAGUAGCGGUGGCCACAGGGGUCAGCAACGCCACCCUGGAGAUGCUGGUCAGUCCUGUGAUGACCGUGGCUGUGCCUAUUAUUUACCUCUCUGUGUUUGUGUGCAGUACCCCCUGCAACCUGCUGUCUCUGGUGGCGCUGCUGAACAUCCACUACAAACGCCACACUCCUACAUCUGUGCUUGCCAUCAACCUGUCGCUGGCAGACCUGCUCUACAGCGCCUUCCUGCCCCUACAGGUGAGUCACUGCCACUACAGGUAACACAGUGCAGUGAUAGGUGCCAAGCACAAGGCUGUCUCUGACACUCUGGCACCGUUUACAACUAAUCUGCGCUGUCAUUGCUGUCACAUACCACUAAGUUUCUCCAGAAACUUUUCCUAUCUAGUUGGACAUAGCUAAUAUUUGAUGACCACUAAGCCCAUCUCUCUCUCUCUCUCUCUCUCUCUCUCUCUCGCUCUCUCUCUCUCUCCCAGGUGUUGUACCACCUGUGGGGUAAUGACUGGCCGUGGGGCGCUGCUCUCUGUGGCCUCACCACCACAGCCCUCCACUGCAACCUGCACUGCUCCGUCCUCACCACCUGUGCCAUCGCGCUCGAGCGCUACUGCGGUGUCGUACACCCGCUCCGCACCAAACACUGGCGCACCGCCCGGCGAGCCGCCAUUGCCUGCGUCCUCAUCUGGGCGUUUGUUCUGAUUACUCAGACGCCCUUGCUCAGGCGUGACCUCACCCUCCGGGUCGUCGAGCUAGACAUCACGACCUGCUUCGACGUGCUUCCGCGUGCACUGUUCUCUCACCAAUCAGUAUCCUAUCUCUACUUUCUAGUGAUUCUGCUGAUGUUCUAUGUGUUGCCGUUAGCCGUCCUGGUCAGCUGUUACGUUGCCGUGGCGAGAGGCCUGCACAGGUCAUUGCCGACAGCAGCUGAAAGCAGUGGCGAUAAGAGGGAAGUGUUGUCAAGGCGACGGGCUCAGACCACAGUUGCCUUGGCAACUCUGUGCUUUGUGGUGUGUUACCUACCAACCAUCACCCUUCAUGGCCUGCACCUAAUCUACCACUCCCAGGGCAAGAGUCUGUACAAGUACUAUAAACUAGUGCUAAGCAUCAACAGCCUCAACUGCUGCUUUGACCCGUUUGUGUACUACUUUGCGUCGAGGGAGUUCCGGCGGGCUCUGAGGAGGGCGCUGGGGCGGUGUGUCCCACUGGGAGAGGGGGAGGAGGUUGGGAACUCUGAGCUGGUGUCCAUGACUGGGGAGCUUAGGGCAUCUAUAGGCCAUAGUUGAUCACUAGAUGGUCAUGCUAGAAUGGACAAAGUUUGCAGAUGCCAUAGCAAAUGACCCAAACUGUAAAUACAACACUUAAAAAAUUAGAUUUGGUUAUUUUAUGGAUAGACCCUGUGCGGUCAUCAUUAUAAAGCUGUUUAUGCAAUUGUUGUCAAUGCAAAUUUUUAUAGUUAUUCUAACUUCAUUCCGUUGACAUUUUUAAAUGAAUAAAUGUUGAAAUGCAUCAUCUUGGUAUCAAGUGAGUUUAUUACUGAGGCAUUGAUAAGUGCACAAAAAGGCCGACUAAUAACACUACUGUAAUAUACUGACGUAAUCAAACACAAGAAAUGCCUGUUUCAAAAGCCUGAAUGCCAGUUAAGGUUAAAUGAGUACAGACAGUAGAAAUACACUACAUUACAUUUAAAUAAAUACAAGGAAAUACAUUCAGUGAAGGCCACUUUGAAAAGAAUGGGCCAGUGGGGUCUGUUUUGUCUCGGAUAAAUAUUAUGUCAUACUAUACUUUAUACAAUUCUCCAACGGUUCAAACAGCUUGUUUUUCAUAACCUUCAUCGGUGGCGACAACAACAACAACAACAACA